AUGCAAGCUUUACGCAAUCGUCUACUAAUAUCGAUAAUAAAAGAAAAGGCUGAGACUGCUUCCGUAAGCGAACCUCCUAAAAUUGCGAUAUCUUUUUACGAAGAGCUUAAAUUCCGCCACGAUCAAGCAGAGCAAGUUUUCAGAAACACCGUCGAAUGUCUUUUAAAACACUAUGACAAGAAAGUGAGAAAAUACGCGAAUUAUAUGAAGAAAAGGACGUCUUUAUCAGCUUCAACACAGGACCAAUGCAGAAAGAGAGUUAUGGAAUUUGAUACUAAAAUUGGACAAAAGUGGAUAGCCGAUCUUGAUCACCAAAGCAAGAGAAGGCGUCGUGACGCAAAUCCUCUAAGAAAAUAUCCAGACUACGAGGUCAAAAGACGAAAUAUCAAUAUUUCCGAUCGCUUUGCGGGAGAUCAAGACGUUGAACUGAAGAAAUGGAUAUUUGAAAAUCAAGUUCCUGACAUAACCGAUAAGGAAAAGGAUGCAAUAGACAGUUAUGUCUUCGAUGUAUUUCAGCGUGAUGUAGAAAGCACAAUAAAGUCUAUUGAGGAGAAGGAAGUCGACCUCAAUCCAAAGGACGCUGCGUUCGUAAAAAGAAUUUUGGAUACAUAG